AUGGACUCUGCUGUAAUCUUUAUACAAACAUUCAACAUGUCUUAUAGUGCUGAAAAAAUUGAAGGUAGUGAUGAUCUUUUAACCAAGAUUUUACUACUACUCCCUGCUAGACCUCUCUUCAGGUUCAAGCUUGUUUCCAAACGGUGGAUGUCUCUCGUCUCCGAUCCCCGUUUUUCUUCUCUCUGGAAGCCUGAAUCUUUCCCAACUGCAUUCAUUCUGCAGUCGCCUUUUCUCGAUUACCCUUGUUAUUACCUUCCUGAUAAAACAAAAUCUAAGGCUUCUAUUAUAUUCUUUGAUUUUAUCAAAGAUGUUGUAAUUUUGAAUUGCUGUGGUGGUUUACUUCUUUGUCGUAAAAGGCUCUAUGAUAAGUACAUUGUGUGUAAUCCAACUACAAAGGAAUUCCAUACUCUUCCGAGUCCAAAUGUGGAGUCACUAAACAUGAGUUUGGCUUUUGAUCAUUCAAUAUCGCCUCAUUACAAAGUUAUAAAUGUUGGCUAUUUAGGACAUGGUAAGGGAGUUUUCUUCAAUGGAGCUAUCUUUUGGAUCUUUAGAGGGAUAAAUAGCUUUUGUUAUUUUGAUAUUGAUAGGGAAAUUAUCCACUCUUAUCAAUUGCCUAAAUGGCUGAACAGUAUUACUGUGGAUGCAUCCGUGGGAAUUUACAUCUUGUUGGCUCUUGAUUCAGUGAUUCGCAUCAUAUUAACAUAUUUGUAUUGGGAAAUGACUACUACUCUUGGAGCCUAA